AUGACGGAGGUUCUACCGAUUUCUUUGGUGAAUUUCAAUGCAGAUAGUGGUUAUUUAGAAGGUCUAGCACGUGGAAUUAAGGGUGGACUUCUAAAGCAAGCUGAUUACCACGUGCUAGUACAGUGUGAAACAUUGGAUGACCUAAAGCUCCACCUGCAUGAUACUGACUAUGGGGAAUUUCUUGCCAAUGAACCUGGACCUUUGACUGUGGGGAUCAUUGAAGAAAGAAUUCGCGAAAAGUUUGUGUCUGAGUUCCGACACAUACGCAACCAAGCUGUAUACCCAUUAUCUUUAUUUUUGGAUUACAUCACAUACAGCUAUAUGAUUGAUAAUAUCGUGCUUCUGAUAACAGGGACUCUACAUGGAAGACCGAUAUCCGAACUUAUGACUAAAUGCCACCCUCUUGGAACAUUUCUGGAAAUGGAAACCCUGAAUAUUGCAACUAACCCAGCUGAGUUAUACAAUGCUGUACUCGUGGACACGCCUCUAGCUCCAUUCUUUAUUGAUUGUAUUUCGGAGCAAGACUUAGAUGAACUUAAUAUAGAGAUAAUACGUAACACUUUGUACAGGGCGUAUAUUGAAGAUUUUUAUGCCUUCUGUAAGUCACUGGGUGGAAUUACUGCGGAGGUGAUGUGUGAGUUGUUGGCAUUUGAAGCUGACAGAAGGGCGUUUAUCAUAACAAUCAAUUCAUUCGGAACAGAACUCUCAAACGAAGAUAGAUCCAAACUUUAUCCUCGCUGCGGAAAACUUAACCCUGAGGGGCUUGUUCAGCUUGCUAAGGCUAACGAUUACGAACAAGUAAAAUCCGUUGCAAGGUACUAUUCGAACUAUUCCUCCUUGUUUGAAGAAACUGGCGAGGGCUUUGGAGAUAAGACAUUAGAAGAUAAAUUCUUUGAAUAUGAAGUCCAAUUGAAUGUAGACGCCUUCUUACAGCAGUUUCAUUAUGGUAUAUUCUAUGCCCUUCUUAAAUUAAAGGAACAAGAAAUGAGAAACAUUGUUUGGAUUGCGGAAUGCGUUUCUCAACGUCAUCGUACCAAAAUUGACUCUUAUAUCAAUAUUUUAUGA